UGAUAUCCCUGUUGUAUCCCUUCUCUACAUUGGAGAUCAUCAGAUAACACAUCCCACUGACGUACACCUCUCAUGUGACAUCAACAAAGACGGAAAGUUUGAAUAAGAAAUGUAUCAUGUGACACUGUGACUAUGACAAGAGGAAUUCCUUAACCCUAGAUAGAAAAAGUGAUACAUUAUCCCCAUUGUCUCUUCAGUUAGGUGCUGUUAUGAAAGAACUAUUGUUUGCCAAAGCAGUCAGGCAUUUGUAAUCUAACAUUCAGUUUCUACUCAUCUUUUCAUUUCAGAAGUCAACAGGUUUUUCUCGGGUUGACGGUUUUUGCAGUAUUAUAUAGUAGUGUAUUAUAUGGUAUAGUUUUAGUAUAUACUAUAACAUGUGCAAAACGAACAUUUCACCAUGGAAUGUGACGCUUUAAAAUCCAGUUUCUCAGGUCUUGCAAGUUUGCAACCAGAUAUAAACACGGCAGAACGUGACAGAGCCACUGGGUUAACAAGAGCUUUCUUGUUCUUCGUACUUUGAAAUGACCAUCAAAAGCUUUCAUAUUGAAUAUGAUGCCAUCAACGACAGGAACACUUUUACAAAUGGAGAUACCAUAAAUGGACGGAUCAUCCUGGAGGUCUCCAAAGAAACAAAAGUUCAGUCUCUGCUUUUUAUUGGGAAAGGAAAAGCAAAUGUGCGUUGGUCUGAGCACUAUGGAGAGCAUACUCAUGUUUACUGGUCUGAUGAGAAGUACUACAAUGUUAAGCAUCAUUUGUUAAGAGAAUCAAGACAAGAUGGCACUGAAGUCAUUGGGAAAGGAAGACAUGUUUUUCCUUUCAGCUUUAAGAUACCUGACAGGAAAAUGCCAUCAUCUUUUUACUCAUCUGUGGGUAGAAUUGUUCAUAGGUUAGAGGUGGAGCUCCAUCAGUCCAUGAAGCUGACAAAAACGGCUAAAACACACUUCACAUUUAUUUCCACAGCAGACAUGGAUACACCAGGACUCAUGGUUUCCCAACAUGGGAGCAAGGAUAAAAGCUUUGCUUUUGGUUCUGGAAAUGUUUCGAUGGAUGUCUUUACACAAAAGAUGGGAUACAAACUUGGUGAGACUCUGUCUGUCUCCAUCAAAAUCAAUAAUGCCUCAAGUCGCUCAGUGAAACCCAAACUUGAACUGUAUGAGAAGAAGAGCUUCUUCGCUCAGGGCAGAAGGAAAAUUGAAACAAAAACUAUCCUAAAGGAAAAAGCCGAAGCUGUUGAAGCGCAAUCAGGCAAGAAAACUGUAACGAAGAUGAUCACCAUCCCAAGAGUGCUUCCUCCAUCCAUUCUAAACUGCUCAAUUCUUAAAGUGGAGUACAGACUGAAAGUGUAUCUUAAUAUCAAAUUUGCUGCAGACCCAGUGGUUAAACUCCCCAUUGUUAUUUUACCUGAAGAUAACAGCAGAGUGUCGGAUGAAGAACAACCAUUUCCUCCUGUUGGGUUUGGAUUUGAAGCAUUUGGAAACCAAAACCCACAAAGCUGGGAUGCCACAUCACAAGCAAUGAGUCUUCCCCCUCCCUAUGAAGCAUCUGCCAUGUACCCCCCGUUCCCCACAAUUUCUUAGACUAAACCAUGACUGCAAUAUAAUUUUGGCAUAAUGUCAUAUUUUUAGCUUGACAUGAGAACAAUAUGGUUGUACCUGCCUUAUUUACUUUGCACUUUGUCAAGACACUGUCAUGCUUAUCAGCAUCUACCUUUAUGAGAGAUGCUGAUAAGCAUGACAGUAUCCUGACAUGCUUAUCAGCAUCUACCUUUAUGGAGGAGACUAACCUUACAACUGCUUUAAGCCAUAAGGGAUUUUGCUGUUUGGGUGUUUAACAUGUUAAGCAAAAAAAAAAGAAAACGUUCUUAGUGUUUUACAUUGUUCUUCGGUGUCUCUUUUUUUGAGGGUUUUCAAAGCAAAUAUUGAAGUCUCCCACAAUAAUAAUCCAACACCAUGAAAAUCUUUUUGAUUUUUUUUUUUUUUGAUUUUUUUUUUUUGGCAUAGAA